GAUGUACGGUUUUUUUAAUCUUUUUUCACCAACCAAAUGGACAAAAGGGCAACCAAAUCAUGUUUGACACAAAUGCUCACGAGGUCUAGUGGUCUAGGUACGCCCGUGCGCACUGAAUGUCGGGAGGGAGUCGGUCGGGAGUUCGUCUCCCUCCGGCAUCCAAUUUUUCCAUACUGUGUAAUAGAAUUUUAAAAAAAGGUUAAACGGCCUGGCCUGCGGGCUCGAGGCUGAAGCCCAGGGACGGCCCGUUUAAUUCCGUGCCGGGCCGAGCCUGAAACGGGCCAGGCAUGCCGGGCUGACGGGCUUUUUGAGAAAGCCCGGCCCGUUGACCAGCUAUACUUAUGAUCGUAACAUUGGGGCAUCCAACAAACGGGAAUAUGGAACAAUCGGGUAUUGUAUCAACACCUUUUCAAAACACCAACUUGUGGCUAAUAAUAGAGUGAAUUCCAUUUUUUACCCUCUACUUUCUGUUUGGUGACACAAAUUACCUUAUUUAGUGACAAUUCUCUAAUCUUACCCCAUUUAGUGAACAUUUGCCACUUUUUACCCCCAUCUAAUUUCUUUUCCCGUUUUCCCCCAAACAUGACACGUGGGGCCCCCACGUCUGUGGCAGCAAACGAUGAAUGACGCGCCCUUUAGCACCGGCUUGUAGUGUUGCUGCUGCCUCGUCAGAGCCGUGCGCCGCUUCAUCACAUCCGCCGGUGCCGACUUCACCCCUAGCAAUGCCGGUCCGGAGCCAUUGCAGCCAAGCGUCUGUCCUAUUCGACGGAUUGCAACCCAUCCCUCCCACCAUCUAGUAGAAUGGAACCAACACCUCCAUUAGCGUUCAAUGUACACAUCCUCUUGUAGUCUCAAUAUCGAAAUAGCAUCUGGCGGCAUCAUCCUCUCUGGCAUCAGACACCACGCUGCACCAAGAUGCAAGUCAUUCAAUACUGUCAUUGGCUGCUGCGUCGGCAGCUGUGAAAUCUUAAUUAGUAUCAGGACAUUCCAUUUUUAUGCUCAGCUGCAGCCCCCCAAUGCUGGCAUCUCCAAUCAAGCUCAUAUAUGCAUGACGUCUAUGGAGAUGGAUUCAAGAUUGGGGACAGGUUCAAAUCCGAUCUGACCUGUAUAAACUAUAAUGCUGGCUUAACUCGGUUGGUUUGAUGUGUUGACUAGGUUCGACUCAACCCAUGAACACGCCUAGCUCCCGUGCAUUUCACUGGUCGUGUUUAGGGAAAAGGGAAAAAAAAAUGGGGUAAAUGCGGCAAAAGUUUCACUAAAUGGGGUAAAAUUGGAGAAAUGUCACUAAAUGGGGUAAUUUUUGUCACAAAAUGAAAAGUAUGGGGUAAAAAAAUAGAAUUUACUCAAAAUAUUAAGGAUUUUGACAUAAUAAACAUCGAAGUACAUGUAUGCAUUUUACAUGCAUCAAUUGCCGACAUACAUCUUAUCAUGGCUAUGUGUUAAAUAUUUCUUACAUAAUUCUUACUUGGGUCACUUAAAAUGAUUUUUUUGUAUCUAUUAGGAACAAACUAUCACACACAUAUAGUUCAAAUUAGUUCAAAUUUGAAUUACUUUUGAGAAAUCGGUACAAGUUCAUUUAAAUGGAAAAAGGUACACAGGAAGUUAGAACAUUCAAAAUCCUUUAACACUAACAAUGAAAUUCGGUCUACUUUGUGUGAAAAUUGGAUAGGUGGAACUUUGAAUCAUAUUAAUUAUACCUGCUUCAAAAAAAUUCCAAUGUUUUGCAUUUUGAAACAGAGCAUCAUUUUUUAAACCAAAAAAUAUAUUCUAAACCUCUUUGGCAACAUUGUUUGGCAUGACAAGACGAAUCUCUUUGAAAAAAUGGAUACAUUAUCAUGAACUAUGACAUAGAAAUGGCCAAAAUUUUGGUCAUUUGGCUUAAAGCCAUAGAUUUCAAUUCUGGUAUAUCAAAAGUUUGUACUCUACAGAUCAUUUAAAAAAAUUACCAUAGGAUAUUAUUGUUCCACCAUGUUAGCUAAUAAAAAUUAAUACUUCAGCAAAAAGAAUCACAAUUGUUUGAUUUUUUAUGAAUUAGUUAUGAAAUUUUCGAGUUCCAAGGGUCUCAGGUGGAUGUUGGGUACUCGAAAACUGCCACCCAAGUGGGGUGUGGGAGGUCAUCAGUUGUGGUUUUUAGCUAUAAAAAUUGCGACUAUUUAUGAAUUUUACAAAAUUUUACAUGUCUCCAGUGGGAAGGUGUUCAGUGGUUGUUUUUUAAUACAAAACCGCCACUAGAGAACCCUAGAACUUACAAAAUUCAUAAAAAAAUCAAAAAGAAAAUCUGAAUCUUCUUCCUAAGUAAUUCAUUUUUAUGCUAGAGAUUGUGAAACAAUAAUAUAACAUGGUGUUUUAACAAAAGUUAUUUGGAACCAAGAUAGUGAUAUAUGUAAAUAAAUAAAUAAACAAUUGUUGUUUCCUUGAAAUCGCAUGAUAUUAUUGUUCCCAAUGUUAAGCAUUAAUUUAAGAAUUUAGAAAAAACAAUCAUGAUUUUUGAAUUAGUAAUGAUUUUUACAAUUUUCAGUGUUCCUGAGUGGCAGUUUUGUACUCAAGAAUCGUCAUUGGUAUGUCUACCAUUGGAGGCCGGGCGGAGUCCCCUAUGGCGGUUUUCCUAGAACCACCACUGAUGGGGGUAUUCUGUGGCGGUUUUAGGAGAAUCGCCACUGAAGGGUGGUCUUUGGGUUUCUCUAGGGGCUGAAAGCCGCCACUGAAGGAGGUCACGUAUAGCUCAUUCUGUAGUUGUUAAUAAAUCCAUCCCUAUUACAGUUGCCUCAUUCCAAUUUUGACGAACUUUUUCUCGAAAGGGGAUUUUGACGAACUUAAUGUAUACUAUAUUUUGCACAUCAAAUUAGGAUACUCUAUGAUAUAAUGAAUAAAUUUUAUAUUGUACUUGCUGUCAUAUAUUAAAGCAAAUCAUCACGUGUUUGUCCUUUUAUAGGAUAUGCACUCGGUUUCUUUCGAUAACCAGCUGCCAUGGAGAAUGCUAGCUAAGGACCAACUAUUGUCCAUUUGUAACGCCCUUGGAUUAAAUAAAUACAUACGCUCCCUUCUUUCAUUGCCCAACGCUCCAUUUUGGCAUGCUCUUUUAGAUCUAAGAGGAGGGAGAGAAGAGUAUUGUGAGUUUCAAAGUUGUUGGAAUGGGACGGGACCCUCCAAUUGUGUUGUCCUCAGAUUCUGAGGAAGGGGAACCAGUUGAGGUUGAGGAUGUCAAGGGGAAGGUUAAAGAGGUCGAGGAGGACUUCAAGGAGCCCCCAAAAUGGCUUCCCGAUGGCUGGAUCAUGGAGGUCCAACGUGGUGAAGAUGGCUCCUUCUACCAGUAUUACAUCUCUCCCGUGUCAGGUGUCAAAUUAAGGAUGAAGGCAGAGGUCCUGAGUUACCUUUUCUCCGGGAUGGAUGACCGCUUCCUAGAAUCAAAGAAGUGUGCUGCUCGUAAUACGCUUCAUAGCACGCACUUAUGGCUUCCAAAAGGGUGGUUCAUUGAGAUAAGAGCCGGGGGAGAGAAUAUGGAUAAGAUGUUCAAGUUUUAUAUUUAUCCUCCAAUGGAAAUUCGACUAUUUUCAAAAGAAGAUGUACUACUGUAUGUUAAGGAAAUGGUGGUCAGUGCAUGUGAUACUGAAGGACAGUGCGACACAAGCUCUCAAGAUAAUAUUCUUGCACUCGUGGAAUUCAACCCGUCUGUGCUGCUGCCAGAAGGAUGGGUGAAAGAAAUCGUAUAUAGGAAAACAAAGGAAGGAAUAAGAAAAGACCCGUACUUCACGGAUCCUGUCAAUCAUUAUGUCUUUCGUACGCUGAAGGCCGCGAUGACGUACCUUUCAACCGGAAAAAUUACCAAUCGUUCUUUUAUUCAGAAGACUAGUGUCCAUGACCUGUACAAUUUUGACAAGUGUGCUGAUCUGAAUGAGUUCUUACGCAAAAGACUGACAAACAAGACUGGCAAUAACGACCAGACUUCAGACAGAUUUGAGGAUGGCGAAAGCUCUACAGACUUUGGUUCACCAAAGGACCACCAAGAAAGCAUGAAUAAAAGUAAGAAGAUCAAAGAGAAAGAACCAAACUCCGACAAAAUUAUCAAGCGUUCAAGAAAGAAGUCAUCGAGAGGAGCGAAAGCCAAGCAAAUUAAUUGAGACACAAAUGGAAAAGAUCCUGAAUCUGAGCAAGAAGAAGGGAUGGAUAAAACAAACAAGGCAGGGUGUAAAGGAAAAAUCAAAGGAGAGAGCUCUGGAAAUUAAGCAAGGGAUGUCAUAUGGAAUCAGGACACAAAAACAAUGGAAAGCACCAUUCGAAGUGACAAGUAAUAUUUAGCUUGCAUUUGGUAUUGCGAUUUGUUCCAUUUCUCAGAAAAAACUUUUACUUGAUUUUUAAACGGAAGAGAAAGUUGCUCCCAGCCUGCCAUUGAUCAGGUUUGGCAGGGCUUCAUUUUGUGGUGGCUAUGUGCAAUCUUUAUGCCUAGACAGAGAAACUCCAAGAUAUUUCUUUCACUUUUUCUUCUUCCAUGUCAGUUCCAUAUGAGUAAUUUACUCAUGUUCGAAUCAAUCUCCACAGUGGAUAGUAACAUACAUGUGAUGUCAUGCAUUAUGUUACUUAUUAGCUUGUAGACUCAAUUUGCUUUAGUUUGUGUGAUGUUAUAAUGACAUAUCUAAUUACUACAAACAUCUUCUCCUCAUUAAUAACAUGCCGCAUGACCACAUCACCAAUUUUUUUUAGUUGUCACUUAUGUUACCACCUACUCCCUCCGUUCUAAAACACAACUCAUAUAGAUUUGUGCAUUUGGACCAAGACAGCU